AUGGCUUCGAACUGGUACAAGGGAGGGGUCGAUGGCGGCGAACUGUCGUUGGGUGAUUGUGCGGCUCAUGUGUUUUCUGCUAGGAAGGGUGGUGUUGACAAGCAGUAG